GGAUCAAGGAUCUAAGUUUUGAAGAAAGUAGUUUCUUUUAUCCUUCUUUAGUUCCGAGAGAAAAGGGGAGAGAGAAAACAGUAGAUAAUUCUAAUAUCAAACCGGUCUCUAUCCACUCAAUGAUUCCACUCCAUAUUAGAUGGCUCCACUAGUGCCGUAAUUUAAACUAGUUUUUCUUUUAAUGUAACCUUAGUAUCCUUCCUUAUUCACAAAAAGAGAAAAGAAAGCUAACUCGAAAUUUACAAUUACCAGUAAAAUAUAUGCCCAUGAUCCAAAAUUCGGGAAGUGAAAAAAGAAGAAGAAGAAGACGUCUAAAGACAAACCUUCGGUGAAUACAUGUACCAUAUCUGCCUCCCCCAAACUCGAUGAUAUCUUCAAUCAUUCACAUACUCUAACCUAAUUUACCCAAUCAGUCAUUUCUCACUUCAAUUUUACAUUUCACUCUCAAAAUCGAUGGCAACUUCCACCACAGAGGAGAAGAAUCAGAAUCACAGCAAAGUUGUAUGUGUAACUGGAGCCAAUGGGUUCAUUGGAUCAUGGCUAGUUCAUUCAUUACUCAACAAAGGUUACACAAUCCAUGCCACCAUCUUCCCUGGCACUGAUGCUUCCCACCUCACCACCACCACCACCAACCCAAGUGGUGGCGAAGUCAAGAUAUUUGAGUUAGAUAUUCAAAACACAAAUGAUAUCCAUAAUGCAAUUAAAGGUUGUGAAGGUGUAAUCCAUGUUGCAUCACCUUGUACUCUUGAAACACCUAAAGAUCCAGAAUUGGAAUUGCUAGUCCCAGCAGUGAAAGGUACUCUUAAUGUUAUUGAAGCUGCUGCUAAGUAUAAAGUGAAAAGAGUUGUUCUUACUUCUUCUAUAUCUGCACUUGUUCCUAACCCAUCUUGGUCUAAUUCUAUUCCCGUUGAUGAGAACUCUUGGACUGAUCUUGAUUACUGCAGAUCACGUCAGAAGUGGUAUCCAAUAUCCAAAACACAGGCAGAGAAAGAGGCAUGGAAAAGGGCUGAAGAGUCCGGAGUGGACUUGGUGACCAUCCUUCCAUCCACAUGCUUGGGUCCUCUCCUUCAGCCUUCUCUGAAUGCCAGUUGUGCAGUGCUAAAGCAGCUGUUAGAGGGGUCUAAGGAUACACAGGAGUAUCAUUGGCUAGGAGUAGUGCAUGUGAAGGAUGUAGCGAAUGCCCAGGUGCUACUCUACGAAACCCCAUCAGCUUCUGGGAGGUAUCUUUGCACUAAUGGCAUCUAUCAAUUUAAGGAUUUUGCGGAGGUUGUCUCAAAACUAUAUCCGGAGUUCCCCAUUCACAGGUUUGAGGAGGAAACCCAACCUGGUUUAGUGGAUUGCAAAAAUGCUGCAAAGAAGCUGCUAGACCUGGGACUGAAAUUUACACCAAUUGAAGAUGCCAUCCGUGAUACUGUGGAGAGCCUUCAAGCAAAGGGCUUCCUGGACAAAAAGGAACGACCAAACCCCGCGCCUUAAAUAUCUCCAAUACCAGGCCCGGCUCUAUGAAGCCUGGCAACCUGGGCUCUAGCCCAGGGUAGCAAAUAAAAGUAAAAUUAUCUUGAAGAUCAAAAUUCGUGUUUUCUUGGUUAUAAUUGUGGGCUAACAUUGAACAUCCUUAAGUUAAGGAUAAGGAGCAAAUAUAGUGUAUGUCUUAAGGUGUUUUGUGUCUUUUCAAUCAAGUUAAUUCACUUUUUUUUUACGUUA